CACAUAGACACACUCUUCUUAGUUCUUUCUGCAGUUUUCUUCCUUUCUCUCUCACACACUUCACACUACUACACUUUCACAGUAGAAAUGGUAUUUUACUACUUUAGCAGUAGGAGGACUGCGUUGGUAUUGGUAUAGGCCCACAAGCCAGUUAGCCACCCAACUCCUCUUUCAACAUUCUCAAAGCCUUUUCCUUUUUCUUUUUCUUGCAUCAUCCACUCCGACUCCGCCCAUUUUCGGGAGGAGAAAGAAGAGGUGGGAGUUGUCGCUCUCUACUCUACUCUACAGUUAGGUGAAAAGAUUGCUUUUUUGAAGUCAAAUUCAUGCUGCUUCCAUGGAGAAUUAGAUGAUGUUUGAUUUCAGCGUUGAAGGGGCAUAUCUGUGGUAUUUGGCUGCUGAGUGAUGGUAUAUUUUAGUCUAAUUAAUUUACAGUAUCUGUGAUAAUUCCAAUGGCCUCGGAACUGCGUAAUGGUUCCUCAGAAAAGCAUAAGAGAAGUCAUGGAGGGCAUACAUUAGAAGGAAAUCCUCGGAGGGCUGUCCCCGUGCCGUUUUCCAACACAGGCAAAUUGGACCCUGCUACUAAAGAAUUACCUAGAAAUAUUGAAAAUGCUGCUUCUAAGAAAUCUACAUUAGAAACUACAACAGAAGCAAAGCCAAAUAAUCAUCUACAAAAGGGAUCAGUUAGUUCUCUGGCUGGUAAACUGGAUUCCACCUUAUACUUGGAUAAUUCAAAGCAAGGACCAGCACUUGACCAUACUGUUGAUCAGGAAAAGAAAAAAUCAGAUAAAGGAAAUGGCAAGGAUAGCUCUGCGUCUACAAAAGUUAGUGAUGGAGCAAGCAGCCUUGCAAAGACUAGUGGAAGUGCCAAGAUCAGUGACCGAGUUGAUUUUGUUGAGAGUGGAAAGAGCAGUCUGUGUAGGGGUAGCACAAGCACUGAUGUAAGUGAUGAAAGUACUUGCAGCAGCUUGAGCAGCAGUGCCAACAAGCCCCAUAAAGCAAAUGACCUAAGAUGGGAAGCGAUACAGGUAGUCCGCACAAAGGAUGGGGUCCUAGAUCUGAGGCACUUCAGAUUACUGAAGAAGUUGGGCUGCGGUGAUAUUGGAAGUGUUUAUCUGUCAGAAUUAUGUGGUACAAACUGUUAUUUUGCAAUGAAGGUCAUGGAUAAAGCUUCACUAGCUAGUCGGAAGAAACUGCUGCGUGCCCAGACAGAAAGAGAAAUAUUGCAAUCUCUAGAUCAUCCUUUCCUUCCAACCUUGUACACUCAUUUUGAGACAGAAAAAUUUUCUUGUUUGGUAAUGGAGUUCUGUCCUGGGGGAGACUUGCAUACGCUUCGGCAGAGGCAACCAGGAAAGCAUUUUUCUGAACAAGCUGUGAAGUUUUAUGUAGCUGAGGUCCUUCUUGCUUUAGAAUACCUCCACAUGCUUGGAAUUGUAUACCGUGACCUCAAGCCAGAGAAUGUUCUUGUGAGGGAUGACGGCCAUAUAAUGCUGUCAGAUUUCGACCUUUCUCUUCGAUGUACUGUCAGCCCAACUCUGAUCAAAUCAUCGUCCCUCGACACAGACCCCCUACGAAAGAACACUGUUUACUGUGUCCAACCAGCUUGCAUUGAACCAUCUUGUAUCCAGCCGUCUUGUAUAGUCCCCACAACAUGCUUUGGUCCUCGCCUCUUUUCAAGUAAGUCCAGAAAAGACCGGAAAUCCAAAAAUGAAAUUGGCAACCAAGUUAGCCCGUUGCCGGAGCUUAUUGCUGAGCCGACAGAUGCGCGUUCAAUGUCAUUUGUUGGAACCCAUGAAUACUUGGCACCUGAAAUCAUCAAAGGUGAAGGGCAUGGCAGUGCCGUGGACUGGUGGACGUUCGGGAUUUUUCUGUACGAAUUAUUGUUCGGAAAGACUCCAUUUAAAGGGUCAGGAAACCGGGCUACCCUUCUCAAUGUUGUUGGUCAGCCCCUCCGAUUUCCAGAGUCCCCAGUCGUUAGCUUCGCAGCUAGAGAUCUCAUCAGAGGGCUACUAGUGAAAGAGCCACAGAACAGGUUGGCAUACAAACGAGGAGCAACGGAGAUCAAGCAACACCCGUUCUUCGAAGGCGUGAAUUGGGCUCUGAUUCGCUGUGCGAGCCCUCCAGAGGUCCCAAGACCAGUCGAGUUUGAGAAGCUUUCUGCUCCUCCAGCGUCGUCGAGUCUGAAAGUUGCACCUGCAGCAGCUAUCCCAACUCCACAAAAUUCAGAUAAUUAUCUUGAAUUCGAUUUCUUUUAGUAGCUUUUUCACACUUGGGCUGCUAUUUAUUUUCACAAAAUGGAGAAACAUGGAUUUCCCAAUCAUUAAAAAGAGCAAAAGAAAGGUUAGGCCUCAUGUGAAAAGUAGUAUUUGAUGUUGUCCUUAAACAGUUUGUUGCAUUUCAGAUGUUGUAAUACUGUUUCUCAUCAAUCUAUAAUGUGUAUUCUGCCAUA